CAGUACGUUGAUGUCGAGUGAGCUGAUGAAACCUUUGUUUUGAGCGUGUUUCUGAAGGUGUGUAUUGAUCAGACUGGACUUCGAUCAGAUGUUGUUGGGGUCAAUAUUCCAGAUUGAGUUGAACAGAACACACAGACCCGCUGCACUCAUUCUCUGAGCUCCGUCUCUACACACAUCAGAGAUGUUCAGGUGUUUAAUGUCACUGCUGUUGGUGGUCUCGGGUGGGUGUGUGAGCGGGCGGCAUGCAGGUGGACGGUUCGAGCGCAGCAUCAACAGGCCGUACCGCUCGCUGCUGCAGGUUCAUAACGGCAUGCGCUGGGGCACGUGGGGGCUGAAGGACAUGUGUCCGGCGGGGAUGUACGCCGCAGGCUUCAGUCUGAAGGUUGCAGGUUUGUGGGAGUCUCUGCUGGUCGGUGAUAACACGGCUCUCAAUGCGAUCCGUCUUCACUGUAUCGACCCUUCCAAGGGUUCAUCGGGCCCGUAUGAAGACUACGCCUCGGUUCAGUCUGACGCCGGGAGCUGGGGUCAAUGGACAGAUGUUAAAUGGUGCUCAAAGGGAUUUCUGACAUCUUUUCAGCUGAGAGUUGAACCCUAUCAAGGGGGCUGGGACGACACGGCAGCGAACAACAUCAGGUUUAACUGCAGUGGGAACACAGAAGUGCUGCAGGGAUCCGGAAGGUUGUGGGGCGUCUGGGGCGACUGGAGCAACUCGUGCGAGGGAAGAGGAAUCUGUGGGAUUGAGACGAUGGUGGAGUCGCCGCAGGGGGUUGGAGACGACACGGCUCUCAAUGAUGCACAGUUUUACUGCUGCGAUUAGACCACAAACUGGUCAAUGUUGUCACGAGAAACCAGCGGGAGAGAACUUUCUUCAAAUCAGAUUUUUAGGAUGGAUAAAUUACUUUUGUCAAAUCAAGAUUUCUCCUUCACGUCUCAUUUAUAUGUAAUAGACAUGAAAACAGCAACAGACAUUCAAUACCAAUACGAUAAUGGCACAUGACAGAAGUUCAUUUACUUUUGUAGUCAACUUACCCAUCAGUCAUCAGUUUUUUUUUAUUCUGUAGUAAAUGCACAUUAAAAUAAAGAUAAGGAUAAAUAUCAAAGUGUUAUAAAGAUCUUAAACAAUCCAACAGUUUCAAUAGUAUGUAUAUCUGUAGCAUCUGUGCAUUACUACAGAAAAUCAAAUUCAUUUGAUCAGAAUAAAAGGUUGAGAAUCUAAAACUGGA